AUGAGGAGCGGUCAUCGGAUGGGCAAAACUGACAGUGAGGAGAGUGUCUCUGGUAUUCCAUGAGAAGGAAAUUAAAAUCAUUUCAGCCUAGCCUGUUUCAGGCAAUUAUUGACUCAUCCACCCCUUCACCUUUCCUUCUCUCUCUCUCUCCCUCCCUCUCUCCCCCUCUCUCUCACCUUUCUGCCUUCCACUCUUUCCCUGCAUCGUUUCACAUCAUGACCAAAAUGCCAAAUCCCCUGAAAUACCUAUCCAUGCUCCCUCAACAUCUCAGCAGCGGAUCGGCAUAUACGAAUCCCUGACGUCCAUAAUGUCCAAACUAUCCGAAUCCUCCAAUAUCCGAGAUGUCCUCUAAAAGGGAAUUGAGUAUAUUGGGUUAGAAGAGGGUAGGCUCAUGGAAUACAGGGAUGCCCUCCACGAAAUUAGAGGGAGUGGCAUCGACGAAGCAGAAUUCCAGAAAGAGCUCGAAACCGCCGUCGAAGACAGCGUGCCGCCCAACGAGCUUAUCUGGGCCUGGCAGAAGGGGGAGUCCGCCAUGAUCCAGGACAUGGAGGACGAAAUUGAGAAUAUCAAGAGAGAGACGAAUGUGUCUGAGGUUGAGGUCUACGAGAGAGCGUUUACGAACUGUGUUAUUUCCAGAUUUCUGGGUCCAGCCAAACAGGGUAACAGCGCUGUGUCAAAGCCCGAACAAGAAAUCUUUCGACGACUGGUUCUUGAUCACUAUGGCGUUAUCCGUAGCGAUGGCAGCUUCAAGACCGCAUACUGUCAUCUUGUCCAUUGGGAUGAUCCACGGGACGUGAGAGUCGCUCAGUUGGUUCCCAGGCAGCUGGCAGGAAUUGCUAUCUCCUUGCUUUUUGUGGUGGAAGAGAUAGACCUGACGAACCCGCGGAAUGGCAUUUUGUUGCAUAAGAAAGUCCAACUUGCUCUGGAUGCUGGGAAGAUCGCGAUUAUACCUGCUGGUAGUGAUGCUGAACGCAAGUGGAAGGUUGUUCUGGUCGACCAGAGUAUCCAAGAGGAGGUCGUCCGUUUAUACAACGACGGCGAUAACUUUGACCGGGAAUGGGUCUCUGUCAGAUGGAAGGUAAGUCCUCUUAUCCAUUUCUGUAUUUCUCUAACGAAGCAGGAAAUGGACGGCCGUGAGCGCAAAUUCCUCACACGAAACCAACCCGCCCGACGCUUCCUAUUCUUCAGAUUCGUCCUGACAUACAUCCAAGCGAAAAUAGCCGGAAAUACCACCUUCACCUCCAUGGUGGAGACAUCCGACGAUCUCUGGGCGUAUCCGGGCCAGUAUCUAGACUUGUCGAUCCGGGCUGUUCUGGCCAGAAACAUUGCAGGGAUUAAGCUCCCGCCUCCAUCACCAAGCACACAUUCGACGACCUUUGGCCCGAUGAAUUUGGUACAUAUCUCGCUGCUCAACUGCGACAGAUAAUAAGAGAAAGCAACAAGCGAUGGGAGGACAGGAAUUCCGAUGAUGAUUCGGAGUUGGAUGAAGAAAGUCAGGAUUGGGUGAUUGUCUAGGGGGGGGAGACACAGAAAUAUGUGCAUCGAUGGGAACACAAGAUACUUAGACUGAUAAUGCUGUUAUCUCCAGAUUCACAUGUGAUGGCCACAGCAUUCCAGUUGCGGAAGGCUGGGAUGGUACAAAAGCGGGGUAUCCAGG